AUCUCUCUCUAUAUAUCUUUUUGUUUAUCUUUCUGAAUCUCUAAUGAGAGAUGGAAGAGAUGAAGAAGAAGAAGAAGAAGAAGAAGAAAGUGAGAAGUUCCAUAAAAGCUAUUCAGAAUAUCAUGACUAAUAUUAUUCCCACAACUCCCAAUAUUUGCAUGCAACUUGUGAGUCCAAAUUACUUCUCCUCCCCCUCCCUCUUCAACUCCAUCUACUACAGUACUCCUUCAACCAUGUCCUCCUCCUCCUCCUCCUCCUCAAUUGAUCAUAUCUCCAAUGAUCAUCAAGACUUAGAUUUUUCAGUUCAUAGGCCAGCCAUUAUCUCUGCAGGCAGGUUCUUCUUCUCUCCAAGCUUCUCCAAAUCAAUAAUGGAGGAAGCUAAGAAAGAAGAUGAUGAUGAAGAAGAAGGAGGAGGAGAAGAAGAAGAAGAAGGAGGAGGGAAUGUUUUGAAUGGGUUGUUCAAAGAGAGCUUGAUGAUGACAAUGGCUUCUGAUGAUCCAUACCAAGACUUUAGGACAUCAAUGGAGGAGAUGGUGGAAGCUCAUGGAGUGAAAGAAUGGCCACACCUUCAAGAACUACUUCAUUGUUACUUGAAGCUUAAUGAGAAGAAGACUCAUAAGGUUAUUCUUCUUGCCUUUGUGGAUUUGCUCAUGCAACUCAUGGCUAAACAUGAUCAUGAUAAUUGAUUUUUUUUAAAAAUUAUAUCAUUAAUUAAUUAAUUAAUCUGUAUUUUGUUUCAUUAUUCAUCUUGA